AUGACACCAACAGCAAAACCCGUCGUCGCAAUCGCCGGCGCAACCGGUCACCUGGGCAAACACAUAACAAGCGCCUUCCUCUCCUCGGCCUUCCACGACAAAUUCUCCGAGAUAAUCCUCCUCUCCCGCAAAGAAUCAACCCUGUUUUCCCCCACGGAGGUUCGCGCCGGCGUAAAAGUCACAACCCGACGCUACGACACCAGCAACCUCUCACAAGCCCUGCAGGGCGUACACAUCCUCGUGAACGCCAUCGGGCCCUCAGGUCACGAAUUCAAAACCCGCAUCGCAGCCACGCUACCACGCACAAACAUCCGGCUCUACUUUCCCUCCGAGUUCGGGGUUGACCAUUACGGCCACGACUUUGCGCAUCUGGAGUGGUACGAGAAGAAGAAACAUCUUGCGAAUGCGCAGCCUGUUGUUACGGAUAUGAAGAUCUGUCGUGUGUUCUGUGGACUGUUUUUGGAGGAUAGUAUUGGGCCUUGGUUUGGGCUUGAUACGAAGAAUGGGAGGUAUACGAGUGUUGGACCGCCUACGAAGCCGGUUUCGUUUACGGGGAUUGGGGAUGUGGGGAAGACGGUUGCGGCGUUGGCGACCAUGGAGGUGGACAUGGUUCCGGAGAUUGUGCAUGUUGGGGGUGAUACGAGGUCUGUUUUGGAAAUUGCGGGGAUUAUGAGGGAUGCUGGGGCUGGGGAGAUUGAGGUCAGUGAGGUUCCGUAUGAGGAGUAUAAGAAGAAGACGACGGGUGGGGAGGCUUCGUGGGAUCCGGCGGCUUAUUUGAGGUUUUUGAUGGCUGAUGGGAGUAUUGAUCAUACUGUUAAUGGGCUUGGAUCGGAUAAUGAGUUUGUUAAUCCGGGGCAGAGGUUAUGGAAGUGGAAGACGAUGGAGGAACUGGCGAAGGAGACUAAGGGACGGCCUUGGAAGGAUACUGUUUGGCCUCCGAAGUAA